UUUCAUCGUGAGAAAACAAACAUGGCGGAAAUUGAAAAGUGGAUUGAGGUAGCAAAAGAAUGUAAAUACCUUCCUGAAAAUGACCUUAAAAAAUUGUGUGAUAUGGUGUGUGAACUCCUGCUUGAGGAGUCCAACGUGCAGCCUGUUUCCUCACCAGUUACAGUGUGUGGGGAUAUCCAUGGACAGUUUUAUGACCUGAUGGAAUUAUUCCGAACAGGAGGGCAGUGUCCAGACACAAACUACAUUUUUAUGGGAGACUUUGUUGAUCGGGGAUAUUACAGUUUGGAAACUUUCACAUUGUUACUGACACUAAAAGCCAGAUGGCCAGACAAAAUAAUUCUGUUGAGAGGAAAUCAUGAAAGCAGACAGAUUACUCAGAUUUAUGGAUUUUAUGAUGAAUGUCAGUCUAAGUAUGGGAAUGCCAAUGCCUGGAGAUAUUGCUGUAAAGUGUUUGAUCUUCUCACAGUAGCAGCAAUUAUAGAUGAGUGUGUAUUAUGUGUCCAUGGAGGUCUCUCCCCAGAUAUAAAGACCAUUGACCAGAUUAGAACCAUUGAGAGGAAUCAAGAAAUCCCUCACAAAGGAGCUUUUUGUGAUCUGGUAUGGUCUGAUCCAGAGGAUGUUGAGACAUGGGCAAUCAGUCCCAGGGGUGCAGGGUGGCUAUUUGGGGCAAAGGUCACAAAUGAGUUUAUGCAUAUCAACAACCUGAAACUUAUAUGCAGAGCUCAUCAGUUAGUGCAUGAAGGUUACAAGUACAUGUUUGAUGAGAAACUUGUGACGGUCUGGUCAGCCCCUAACUACUGUUAUCGAUGUGGAAACAUUGCAGCCGUUUUAUCAUUUAAAGACCCAGACACGAGAGAGGCCAAACUAUUCCGCGCUGUUCCGGAACACGAGAGGGUCAUACCAGCACGCACAACGACUCCGUAUUUUUUAUAGGACAGUUAAUAAGCUUUCAAAUCAUCUUUCGGAUCAGAUAAAACAAAUUUGGUAUAAAAUGUACACAUACUUGACUUGUCUCAUUAAUUGAUAAAUAAAAUAACAGGAAAAAGAGGUUACUCCAUUAGAAAAUUUAAUAUUAUUGAGAUUGGAGUACUGUCAUUAAUUUUAUGCUGUGUGUUAUGACAAUUUACAUUCAUUUGUAAAGCCUUUGUUUUCACUUUUUCAUUUAAAAUAAUAAUGUGAAAUGGUAUUUAAAACAAUUUUCAUUGAUUUUUUAGAAAAUUCAUAGCAUAGGCAGAUACAUGUAUUAUCAAAACAUUGAAAAACAUGUCAGUUUUUAAAAACUUUUUAUGAAAUGUGAUCUUUUAUAUGUGACUGUAAAUAAUGUAAAUAAAUAUAUUUUAUAAAA